AUGUCGAAAUUAAAUACAAUCUCUUUGUGCGAUAAAGGUACAACUGGGAUGCGAGAUCUCAGUCACAUCCACAACGAUGAGUCUCAGCCAUCGGCUCAGUUCCAAUUUGGUGCGAGUACUUCCCAAAACAAACAUACUCGGUCAGCAUCCAUACCAGCCGAAAGAAUCAUAUCGGAACCAACGUCCGUCGCUAAAGAGUCACGUCUGGAAAUAGAAGGUUCUGUGCUGUCCAGCUCCUCGGAGUCCUCGCGCAGCGGCGUGAGUGUGGCCAGCGGGUACACGCGGCGCCUCUCCGCCUUCCGGACGAGUCUGGCGCCCCGGCUGCGCGAGCCCGCGCUGGUCGACGAAAUACCUGAACAAGCACGACGUUCCACGGUGUCCCUGCGGGUGGUGACAUUGGGAAUGGAAGACUCUGUUGCAGCGGUUGCGCCAAGCCCAUCCUCCACCAGAUCGCAGAAGUCCUUGCGCUGAUAACCUGUCAAAAUUUUAUAUUUAAAGAAAUAAAUUAUUAGAUUUCUUAAUUGAGCUGAAGUUGUUUUUUAUCACUAUUUGAAUACAAUUUCACAUGUUUUUUUUAGUAUUUAAUUUAUUUUGAAAUAAAUG